GCAGGAGGAGUUUCCGAAGCCCAGCGACACCAUUGGCUCGUGCCCCGGGGAUGCUGCCUGCAUGCACGCGGGGGUUUGAUCGAAGAAGUCAGCUGGAGAAGAGCGGAAACUGAAAGUGGAGGAACAGGACGAAGAAGAAGAAGAAGAAGAACACCUGCUGAGGAGUGGAGUUUGUUCCUGCACAGAAUGACGAGCUCGGUAAGACUCUUUAACUCAGGUCUGUGUGUUUCUGUCUCCUCCUGGUUCACUUUGGCGUUUCUGUACAAACACAGUUUCAAUUUACGAGCCUUUAAACUUUAACUAACGGUGUGAAUUAUAGAGGAGAUGUGAGUUCAGGAGUAUCUACAGUAUGUUUGUUUUUAGUGGAGUAUAAAGUGGAGUAAAGUAACAGAAGUAAAGAGUAUUAGCAGCAGAAACUUUGACCCAGUUUCAAACAUUCGGUAAUCCAUCCAUCAUUAGAGGGUCAGAGUACAACAGAGCCAUACAGGGAGCAGAUAUCAGCUCCUGGGAUGGAAACUACUCCUCCAGACAUGCUUAUCUUUCAGAAACCAACUCUGUCUGACCUGAGAGUGGUCUGGGUAACUAUAAACAAACAAGCCAACAAAAUAUACUGAAAGAAAAUACUUGACAGCACUUAAAUGAUCAGUUUUCUCUGUGUAAAAUAUAAGUAGUAACAAGAAAUACAAGAGGAUAAAAAAGAGAAGUAGGAUUUAAAAUCUGCUGUUGAUUUAGGAACUCGUAAAAUACUUCCUUUAAAACAGUUUGAAUUUUGAAGAAAGUUUGUAAGAGACACUUAAAAGUUUUAAAGCUCCUAUAGAAGCCUACUGUACAGACAUAGUACCAGCCACCAAACAUCUUUUUAACUUUGACUCAUUUCUUUAGCAAAGAGACUAAACACAACUCACCUACUCUCUUCCAGCAGCCGCUUGUUUGUAGCGAGACCUCAGGCCAGUUCAUUACGGACUACAGCGGGGUGUCGCAGCUCAAGGAAGAACAUUUAUGAUCAUUUCUUUAUUGAAAUACAAUCAGACCGAGACGCUAAAGCAGAAGAACUACCGCGUCUGCAGAGAAAAAUGAUUGAUAUGGUGAUUAUUACUUUAAGGAAAUGAUAAAGAAAUGUGUCUCUUUAUCUUUGAACAGCUUCAAUAUGAGUUUCAGUCUGUUCCUUAAAUAUCAAAAACUCCUCACAGGAGCUUUUAAUCAUGACAAUUAAAGAUAAGCAGCUAGUGUGAGCCGGCUGUUUUAGUUUGGGCUAGGGCUGGGCAAGAUGGGAAAAAGUUUAUCACGAUUUUUUUAUAUCAGUCGAUAACGAUAUAUAUCACGAUAUAAAAAACACAUUUAACAGUGUUUAUUGGUAGCAUGUCUUUUGCAUCUGUGAGGUCUUUGUGUCUCUUCGACGUUUCGUUGUAAGGCGUUGCGCUAGAGAAAGCUGACUGAAUGGUUGGUUCAGCGCGGUGCAGACCCAAAGCAACACCCCUUUUCAAUGGCUAUUCGUAUAGUCUACCAAAACAUGGCAGAAUGCCGGCUAUCGAAAAGCAUAUUGAACAUGUUUCAUAUCAAUAUCAAGGGGAAUUAAUUUUUGAUAUGUCAUUAUUGUUUUAUCAACCAUUCCUAGUUUGGACGAGAGUAAAGAAAAGGAGUUUUGUGCCUUUAAUUCUUUUUUCUUUUUUUCUUUAUUCCUAUACACCUGAGUCACCCCUUUUAUAUUUUUAUUAUUUAACUCCACAUAACGUUUACAUAAUUAAAAUUGUACUUUAAGUGUGGUUCCCUUGAUGAUAAAAUCAUCAACUCCUUCCUUCAGUUUGGUGAUUCGGGCAGAUCCGGCCCGCUCGAUGAGGAGGAGUUGGUGGAUAUACUGGAGGAGAGGAGGCGCAGCAGUGAUCUUGGCCACGCCCUCAGGACGUUCAGCCCCCACCCUUACAAAGGAGCCCCCACCUGCUCCGCGGCGGACCUCAACAAAGCCGUGCUGGAGUCCCAGCAUCUGCAUUACAUCACCAAGGAGGUGGGAUGGAGUGAUGUGAAGGGACGAAUCUGACAAGUUUGAAGCUGCUUCAGUGUAGCUUUAAUUUAAUUCCUGAAUUCCUCUCAGGUUGCCAUGGAGACAGGGGCAACAGUGGAGGAGGUGAGGGAGGAGGCGAGCGGGAUUCUGGAGGAGAUGUCCCAAAACCUUCAGCUGGGGUUCAUCAGGCUGAUGGGAUACCCACUCAGCAAAGUAUCCAAGAAGCUCUUCAGGAGCAUCUUUGUCAACAUGGAAGGACUCAACAGGGUUAGAGGGACGACAACGACUCUCCGAAAACAUCAAUUUAUUACUAAAUAUUUAUCAGACAAAACUGUUGAUUCUUCUGUUUUCUUUUAGCUCCAACAAGCCGUCCAAGAAAACCCCGUGAUCCUGAUGCCCAAUCACAGGAGUUAUUUCGACUUCCUGGUUAUUUCCUACAUCAUGUUCACCUACGACAUCCCAGUGCCUGUUAUUGCUGCAGGAAUUCGCAAGUAUCUAUAAAAGUCGAACAGAAUAAUACAGAUAUAUCUUCUAUGACGUCAUGUCUCGGGUCAGCACUGUCUUUAUUUCUCCCUCUCUUCGCUGUGAAGCUCUUGCAGGGAUGAAGUUGGUGGGACGGAUUCUGCGUCGCUCCGGAGCUUUUUUUAUCCGGCGUGCGAUUGGCUCGGACAAACUGUACUGGGCCGUGUUGUCAGAAUAUGUCAAAACGAUCGUCAGGGUAAGACUCCGUGAUCUGCUUCUGUGAAAUCGAAAUCAUCGCACUCUUUUUAAAAAUGGUUCGAUUAUAUAUCCGAUCGUGUCCCGCAGAGAGGAUUUGCUCCUAUGGAGUUUUACGUGGAGGGUCUGCGGAGUCGAACACUGAAGUCUCUCACUCCCAAGUUAGGUAAGAACCUGGACUAGUGGUGGGUGGCGGUACUGCAGUUUAGAUUCAACCUAUAAAGACUUGCUUAAAGGUGGGGUAAGCAGGAUCUGAAGAAGUACCAGUUUUGGGAGAAAUCUUGACCAGUUUUCCCCUCAAGCCCCGCCCACAAACAGACGCUCCUGCUCGCUCGUAUCGUUCCGAUUAAAUUCAGAUAUAAUGCAGAUAAAUACUUCAGAUCAUUACAAAUGGGGCCCAGUCAAGGUGAAAGUCAAAAGCAUUGGUGCUACUGUAGAUGCCAACAGACUACCAGCAAACACAAUGUUUGCAGGACUUCUACAACGAGGAUAAAGUGACAUAGUCCAGGACCCGAGGGAGGACAGUUUAGCGAUGGCGCUACAACACGCUACAGCAGGUCCGUUUGACAAGAAACACUUCUGUUACAGACACUUGUCUUACUUUGUUAAAGCGGUUUACCUGUCCAGCAGAAAGGUUACAGGGUCACCAAGAUCCCCAAGCGUCCCCCAUCGUUUAUGUUGACCCGGCUUUUUAGCUCUUGUCCGGUCUACCUCCGUUUUAAGCGCCCGUUAUUCCUCCAGAGUCUCCGGUAUUUACUUUGUUCUCUUGCUUGUGUCGGCAGUCGUGGCCAAAGGAGGAUUCCGACAAUUUUCCGAACUUUCUGGUUGGUUUCUACUGUCCGAUAUUGUAGCACGCUAACUUUGUUUGGGCUCCUGAACGACACGGGGGAGCAGCGUCUGCCUCACAACCAAUCAGGUUAGAGGAGGUGGAGAACGACAUAAAAGAACACGGCUAUAUUGUUAUAUUCCCAAAUGUCAUCAAUAACUAAUAGCUAUUGACUGAUAUUUAAACCUUUUUUUAUUUACACUACAAAAAAAAGAUGCUUCUGUAACGGACCCCUGCCUACUCCACCUUUUAAUGGAACAAAAGUUGAUUUUUGCAGGUAAAUUACGAGUUUAAAGAAAAUAAGUAACAGGGACCAAAGACAGAAAAAGACACUUUCCAUAACAAAUAAAAAUCAGUUUAAACUUUAGUCUCUUGUAUCUGCAGGUAUGAUGAACAUGGUCCUGGAGCCUUUCUUUAAAGGUGAGGUCUUUGACAUCACUUUAGUCCCCAUCAGUCUCAGCUAUGACCGGGUCCUGGAGGAAUCUCUGCUGGCUCACGAGCUGCUCGGCGCCCCCAAACCCAAAGAGAGCACCACGGUACGUCCCCGUCUCACCGCUCAUCGUAUAAAACCUUUGUUGUGAGCUUAGCUGCAGAGGCUUCACCGUCAGGAAGCUUUUGAACCGUCUUAUACGAAGGUUAAUCCUGCUUUCUUAAGUCUGACCAUCACCUAAUGUUGUCUGAGUUGUAAAAAAUAAACUUUAACUCUAAAAACACAAACACAGGUCACAGGAGUUCACACAUGUACAAAGCUGAUCGUAUCUGACACAUUAAUCACUCCAAGCUUCGCUCUCUCUCUCUGCAGGGUCUGUUGAAAGCCACCAAAGUGCUGCAGGAAGAUUACGGCAGCAUGUUCGUGAACUUUGGCCGACCUCUGUCUGUUCGGGAUUUGUGUCAGGACAAGAUAAACCGCUGUCAGUACAACCUCAUACCCAGGUAGGCUGCACUUUUAAAACCCGUCUGUGAUAUCUUAUCAGUUUAUUGCACUUAUGAACCCCAGAAAUCACAGGUUGAAGCGAAGAUUACAGACAGACCUCAAAAAGUCGAAAACUAGACCAAAUGUUUAGUUUAGUUAUUCUUGUCCUUAAAAUACCCUUCAAACUUUAGGAAAAGAGAAACCUCACUUCUGAAAGUUUUCCCUCAGCCUAGCCUGUGAGGGUUUCCUCCUCCUCCUCCUCCUCCCCCUCCUCCUCCUCCUCUUCUUCUCUUUCAUCCGUUCACAGAGACCUCCCUCAGAAGCCCACAGCAGAGGCUCAGGCCUGCGUGAGUUGGCUGGCUCAUCUGGUGGUACGGAUCCAAGAGGAGGGCUCUGUGAUCAGCCCCUGGUCUCUGAUGGCCUCCCUGUUGCUCCAGGCUCCGACCGCCGUCCUAACAGAGGAGGGUCUGCCGUGGCAUCGGCUCACAGAGAAGACACUCUGGCUCCGGAGGCUGGCGCUGGAUUUUGGAGCUCGCUUGAACUGGCCGGGUGUGUGAGGGGAUGUUUGCAUGUGAUAUGUAUUCAGAACUUUUCUUUCCUGUCCCCUAAAUGACCAGCAGGUGGCGUUUUUGCAUGUUGCAGUAGGAAUGAGGCAGGGAGAGUUAAUGCAGAGAAGUACCUGAGUGGGUCCCCUUCUGUUAAAUCCUUCAGCGUCUCACCCAGGAGGGUCCUCUGACGCUCUCUCCGGUAGAUCAGACAGAUUAAAGGAAAGUCAGCCGGCACAUGAGCUCAGAUUCACUGAGGAGGCGAUCAGUGAACUAAUGCACUUAAAGAAACAACAUAUCCUCGAAGGACCCCACUGAAACAAAACACAAACACACUGAAGGCCGUUUCAGGUCUAGAACCACCUAGAAAACCUUUAUAAUGCUCCGGUUUUGUUCUGCAGGAGGAGUCCCGGACUCUAACGUGAUGCAGUCCAACCUGGUCCUCCAUCGGUCCGUUGCUCAGCGUAAAACGGGGCGUGUCUACCUCGUUCGGGAGGACGAGCCUGCGAGGAAACACCUGAUCAGCCCAGAGGAGGACGCACACAGGACGGCUGCAGCUGUGCUGAUGAUGGCCUCCUACAGAAAUCAGUGUCUGCAUAUUUUUGUGCGUCCUGCAAUGCUUGCAACAGCCAUCCACAUAACAAAGAGCGGGCAGAAAGGUGAGGCUUAUACACAGCUUUCAUAUUAAUGGACCAGGUGGUUUUGAGUUUUAAGGUUUUUAAACACCCUUGUUGUGUUCUAGAUGAGCUCUCCACCUUCUUCUGCUUCCUUCAAGACAUCUUCUCAAACGAGUUCAUCUUCAUUCCUGGAAGGUCAUCCCAGGUAACAACCGCCGUUCUCAGGGAGAGAUCAUAAAGAGGAUUAUUGAUCUGUGAAACCAUGUUGAAAGUCUUUGUGAUGAACUCUUUCAAAGACUCCUUACAUCCUCAGGAAUCAUCUAGAAACACCAGAAACAAACCUGGUUACUAAUGUCUGAUAUCGUGUCCCUCUCUCUUUCCUCAAACCAGGACUUUGAAGAAGCUUGUUUCCUCCUGAAGAAAAGUGGAGCAGUCCACAUCAGUCAAGAAGAAGUGACUGUGUUGGACGCUGGGCUGGAGGUGCUGUCCUUCCUGCAGGCACUUCUUCAACCCUUCAUAGAGUCCUAUCAGGUUCUCUGACUUUUACACCUUUGGAUCGUUCAGACUCAUCCUGCACUCAGAUGAGAGUCGGGUCUCUCAGUUAGGAGUGCAGGGUGGUUUUUAAGCAGCUGCUCUGUCCAGGUUUGAAGUCUCGUACUUUGUUUGAAUGCAGAACAUUUCUUAAGAGUUUUCUCAUCCUGCUCUUGAACUUUGGGCGAUUAAUCAAAUUCACUUUAUCACAGAGAAGAGUGGAGGAAAUGUUCUCCUCAGGCUCGUACUGCUUUAAAACUUUAAAUUGAAGUAUAAAAAAUCGGCUUUAUGUUUCAUCAGGUGUGUUUUUGUGUCCAGGUGGUGUUCAGGUACCUUUGUGAAAACGGGCCUCACUCGUUUUCUGAGAAACAGAUCAUACCCGCUCUGCGAGACUGGACCACAAAGCUAAUCCUCUCAGGUAAAAAUAUAAAUCAACAGAGACCAGCUCUGAUCUCCGCAUUGUAAACUUAGUAAUCAUGUCAAUUUCAGGCGAGCUGCACACUUACGAAGCCCUCUCAUCGGACACACAGAAGAACGUUUUGUCUGCCCUCCGCAGGCUGGAGAUAGUGACCAAGUCGAGGGCGUGAGUAACAAGAUCAGCCCCUGCAAACCUGUUUGGGUUUAAGCUCAUUUUCUGAGGUGAUUGAUAAUCUGCCUGUUUCUCCAAAGCCCCACUCAUACCUAUUAAGUUUCUCUUUCAGGUCUGAGCAGAAUGAAUUUGGAGUAAACAGAGAAGCUGUCAAGAGAAUCGGAGACAUACUCUGUAAGUUUUGAUACUGAGAUGACCUUUGAACGCUCUUUUGUCACUGUUGUGUUAAACAAAAAGCAGUGAGUUACACUUUCCUCCUUUUCCUCUUGCUUUAGCUGGAAAAAUCCCUCCACAGUCUCUUCAUCCUACACCACUUGCAAGACUUUAGUCCCUGUUGGACCAAAUCCAUCUUCCUGUUCACCCCAGCCGACUCUCUUUGGCCUUCUUCGGAUAAUUUUUUUGUGCCUUACAGAAGACAUUUGUCAAAUCAGGACACCUGAACUCUUCACUAAGACAAAUACUCUCUGUCCUAGCAAUGACCAGCAGCCAUACCAGAUCUGGCAGCACUCCCGUCUUUAGCAUCUGCUGCUUUGCCUGUAUCCUUGUUCUCAUCCCUCACACAAGUAGCAGGGCGAAGAUUAAACCACAUGACCUAACAAGGUGACACAAAGUGGCACAUUUUCUCUGGUCGCUGUCACAAAAUUGUAUUUCUGUUGUAAGUCAAAAGCAACCUGAGAUCAUUUCAUCACAAAUUGAAGAAGUAAGUGUGAGGAGGAAGUCGAUUUAAAACUCUAAGGAACAUGCUGUACUCGAAAGGUUUACCUGUGCCAACUCUGUGCUGGCAUGGCUGGAAGCUAGCUAAAUUCAGGCUAGCUGCUGCAAGACACACACAUAACUUUCUCAAAGUUCAUGUCGGCUUACGUUGAAUUAAGUCUACUUCUGGAAAACAGCUGACCUAUAGUAUUUUACAAACAUCUUGCCCUCCCCAUGCAUUAUUGUAACUUUAAUCAUGUAAUACAUCAAAUUUUAGUUUGGAGUUGGUUUGCUAAAACUAAAUGAAUGAUCAUAAAGCACUUUAUAAUACAUGUGAUUCCAGGUAUUAAGCUAAUAAGUGCAGUUACAGAUUGAAGAGUGAUUUUUACGUUAAUUUAUGCUUUGUAAUGUGAAUACAUGGUAACAAUGACAAAUAUAACUCAUUGAUGUGAAGUUUCAUUUGUGUGAGACAUUUUUUUAAAACUCUUACAUUUUAAUUAAUGUAAUUCAUUAGCAACCUGAGAUCAUUUUUAUCACAUGUAUCUUAAAUAAGUUACUGAGAGGAGGAAGUCGAGUAAAAACUCUGAGGAACAUGCCGUACUUUGUGUUUACCUGAGCCAACUCUGUGCUAGCAUGGCUGUAAGCUAGCUAAAAACGGGCUAGCAGCUGCCAGAUGACAGCUAGUCCGUUUUUAGCAUUGCACUCAUACUUUCUCAAACUUCAUGUCAGUUUAAGUUAAUUUAAGUCUACUUCUGGAAAACAACUCAUCUGUCGUUUUUAGUAUUUUAAAUAUCUUUCCCUCCCCACGCUUUACUGUAACUUUAAUCAUGAAAUAUGUCAAAUUUUAGCUUAAAGUUGGUUUGCUAAACCGAAACAAAUGAUAGAUAGAUCAAUUUCAGGCAUUAAGCUACAGUAAGUGCAAUUACAGAUGAAAGAGUGAUUUUUACAUGAAUUUAUUAUUUGUCAUGUUAAUAUGGUAACGGUGACAAAUAUAACUUAUCAUAACUCAUCAUUCAAGGUUUACCCGAGCUAACUUUGUGCUAGCUGUUAGCUAUCUAAAUUCAGGCUAGCUCCUACAAGACGGCAGCUAGCCCGUUUUUAGCAUCGCACCCGUAACUUUCUCAAAGUUUAAUCAUGUAAUACGUCGAACUUUAGCUUGGAGUUGGUUUGCUAAAACUAAACGAAUGAUCAAUAGAGCACUUUAUAAUAAACGCGUUUCCAGGUAUUAAUAUACAGUAAGUACAAUUGCAGAUUAAAGAGUGAUUUUUACAUUAAUUUAUGCUUUGUAAUGUGAACAACGACAAAUAUAACUCAUCAAAGAUCUUAAGUUUCAUUUGUGUGAGACAUUUAUUUAAACUCUUACAUUUUAAUGAAUGUAAAACAAAUACACUGAAAUGCACCAAUGAGUCAUUUUUUUAAUGAACUGCAUAUUUCUCUGAUUCAGGUGAAACUAUCCCCUCAAACACUGUCAGUGAGAAAACAGUGAUCAAAGUUCAACCUCCCGUCCUGUCUGCAGCAUCUGGAUCCCCUCUGAAGAUAGA